AUCUACUAUAUUAUCUACUGAUAUUCAAACCCAUUUUUUCUCUCUGCCAGGCAGGGACGUCUGUCCUUUUCCUGGCCUGUUUUUAAUACUCAAGACUUGAUUCCAGAUUUUGCAAGGAGGGUGGGUGGGUGGUAUAGGGAGAGGCCAAGCUAAAAAUCCUUCCUGUACUUACUUGCAAAGAAAAAUUUUAAAUUUUGGCAGAGGUAUCCUGAAAAUAUACUAGGCUAGGCAGAAACUUGUAAAUCUCUCAAGUUUUCACUGUUGUUUUUUUUUUUCCUCUGCUGUUUUUCAGGAUCAUGACGAAACUGAUGCAGUGGCUCUGCUCUCUGGCUCUCCUGGGUGGCAUCUGGGCUGCGUUGAUGCUGGAUCUCGUGGGAUCCCACCCCUUAUCCCCAAGCUGGCACCAGGUGCUGUGGGCCCUGCCGACCUACCUGUUGGUGACCUUCGGCUGCUACUCGCUGGGAGUCGUGGGCUACCGCCUGGCUACCUUCAACGACUGCCAGGAGGCCUCGCUCGAGCUGCAGGCCGAAAUCCGAGAGGCCCGAGCCGACCUCGCCCGACACGGCAUGAAGUUUUGACCGGGGACCCUUGCGGGAGCAUAAAUGACCCAUGGACAGUAAACAAUUGUUCAGCGUGUGACCGAACGGUUUGGGGGUGCAGCCUGGCUCGGGGAGCCCACGUCAAGAAAAAGCGUUGCUUCUUUUUUUAAAAACAAAAAUAAAUGAAAUUUUUAUUAAAAUGUU